AUGAUAAUUAUGUGUGACAGUUUUGUCUUGAUAGAGAGUUUGUUGCUGACUGUUUAUUUGAUCCCUCCAGUCACCCAUGCUAAAGACCCAGACAAUCACCAUCUCAGAUAUCACCAACUCCCUGAGAGGAAGUGUGACCUACAAGGACAUCCCCUUAGUUCACACUGAGACCAAGACCAUCACAUACGAAUCAGCACAGGUGUCUCUCCCACAGCCGGUGGACAGCCUGGCAGAGAGGGACUCAGGAGUGCUGCUGAGUGCCCAGACCAUCACCUCAGAGACCAUCAGCACCACCACCACCACCCAGAUCACCAAGACGGUGAAAGGAGGGAUCUCUGAGACUCGCAUUGAGAAGAGAAUUGUCAUCACUGGAGACACUGAAAUUGACCAUGACAAGGCUUUGGCUCAGGCCAUUAAAGAGGCAAAAGAGCAGCACCCAGAUAUGUCUGUUACCAAAGUGGUUGUUCACCAGGAAACAGAGAUCACCCCAGAGUAAGACAGACCUAUCCUUUGGAAGACCUUAGACUUCUCAGCUGCCCCCACUCCCUCCUUACUUUCAUCUCCAUCACACCAUUUUACCACAGCACCCCCGCCACCACACCCAACUGCACUUCCUUUGACAUGAACCACCAGACCACAUCAGAGGGAACAAGCUUCUGCGUUGAACUAUGAACUUCAUGGUGUGAAGUUUGCCCUGAACAUAUACAGUCACCAGAAAGAGCACUCCUUGUAUUCUCCACAAUUCUCGUUUGUUCCACUUACUACCAAAAGAACAACGUCUGGACUGAUGGAGAAAAAACUUUUUUAAAUAGAAAAUAAUGAAUAAUGAAAAUAAAGUACAGCAUUUAUAGAUUUAUUCCUCUCCAAUUUGUCUGGAGAUUUUAAGAACAUUUUCAAGGGCAUUUGGUCUUUUAAUCUAGAGAUUACUAGUACUUUUUUUCUACAUCUUUUCAUUACAUUAUAAUUGGUUAUCAAUUACUUGGAGGUCAGGUGUUUUUUAACAGUGUGUUCCAAGCAGUAUCACAAAGGGAUUGUGAUAAAUUUUUUGUAGGAUUGUACACAUCAGGACUCAAGAAUCCCUCUAAAAUCUUAGCACAGGUUUGGUGUCAUUCUUGUACAGCAAAUAUUUUAUUUUCCCUCUCAAUAUGAAAAAGUAUUUUUUCAAUUUAUUAUAAAAAAUAUUGAUUUUAUUAAACCAUGGGGGCAAUUACUCCAUUCACCUUAUUUAAGGUUCUGUCUUAAUAUUUUUUUGGAGUGAUCAUACAUCUUUUGACCGUUUUUGUUGUUGUUGUUGUUGUUGUGCUUGUGUUAGAACAGGGCAUUAUCAAAACCACUGAGACAGCAGUGUACUGAAAUGGCCUAUUCUGUAUUUAUUCCCACCUCUGUCUUAUUUUUGUGUGUUUUGAGUUUUAGUUCUACUCAGUGUAGUUGUAUGUAACUUCCUGAUUUUGUAUUGAGAGCAUUCCAGUCACCGGAUCCAGUUUAAGCCAUUUCUACUGAGCAUGACAUCAGCACCUACAGUAUUAUGUUAGGUAUUUUUAUAUGUUUUACAUUUAAAAUUUUUCUAAUAAAUGGGCAGUGUGUAUUCAUCCUGGAAUUUCAAUGACAAUAAACUCAAACAUGACAUGA